GCGCGACAGCGGAUUUUGCGCAGGCAAUGGAGGAAGUCGCUUACAUGGCGUCGCGCGGACCAGCUCGUCGGGCAGGAGACGCAAAUGGGCAGCACUAGACCCCAGUCAGAUGCUCAUCUAUCGUCGCACCCCACGCGGUUGCGAGUCAAGCUGGGCAGGGGCGGAGGCGGUGAUCUGGGUUCUCGUCCCGCCACUCAGCUGCACCGUGGCGAGAGCCGAGGUCAGUUCGACGACAGCGAGGAUGAGGGGACUGCUCCGCCGUUGAGUGACACGCGGCGGUCUGUGUUGUCUAUUCUUGGGAUUCAGACUGAUGCUCCUGUUCAGCGGAAGAGUACGAGGCCUGCGGUACACGUGGCAGCCUAUUCGGAGGUCGACUUGGAGGCGAGUGAGGGACAGGGUGUGGAGGAGGUGGACACGGGAGGCCUGGGCUCGCAAGGAGCUCCCCAAAAGAGGAGGGGGGAUCGUCCAGACGAGUUCGCCGGUUCUACGAAGAAGUUAAAGAGCAAGGCCCUCAGGACUGCAGGGGAGAAACGCAAGGGGACCGAGGGGGAGCAGGGCCGGCAGGUUGCCAAACGACCGUCUUCGAGACAGGAGCAGCCUGAGUCUGGACCGUCUUCUCCACCGACAACAGGGACUCCCAUCGACGUCGACGCCGGGUACUUCCUCGAGUACAAAGACGGCGUUCGGACAAAGCGGGAGUUCGACAUUAGCCCUGCGCAGGUCGUCGACCUCGGGGACUGGGAGGACCUGUACAACCAGCGGUCCCAGGAUCCCAUGCUCAUGAUAGGGAUCAAGGAAGCGAUGCGGUUGGCGUUCGAAAACAAAGCGCAGUCUUACGAUUUACCAACCCUGAAACUGGCGCUGCUGGGGCUUGAUAAACCGACUCCGGGGACCAGGGCAGAACGUCUGAGACCGGAGGAUUGGAGGGAUGAGCUGGCGGGACAAUACUACUACUACGCGGUGUGUGGGCAGCACAACGCGGCUGCAGCGAGGUCGCUGCUCGGCAGCGAGGUGGCGAGGAAAUACAAUUUCGAGCGGUGGCCUGCACAAAUGGUCUACUUUUCGGACAACGACUUCGAAGGGUACUUCCUUGUCACUUCCCAGGACAACAAGAAGGACCUGAAGGCGCCCCCACGACAGCUGAAGCUGUCAAUGAGGGACAUUAGGUGGCGGUGGAAGCGCGUCGGUUGCCCGCAUCAGCAGGGCGAGGAGGCCAUCAGGAAACAAGGCAUUACCCUGCGAUCCUAUUUCCCACUGGCGAUGGCAGGGGAGAACGUCUGGAAACUGGCCGUCGAGUUUUUCGAGAAAUGGGAGACAGGCAGAUUGCUCGGACACGACGGCGCAAAAAGGAUCAUGCGGAAGAAGAAAGUCAAAAAUGUGAAGCCUGGGGUUGCAUACAUCCAUAAUGACAAGCUGGGCAGGAAGGAGGUCGUGUACAACAUCCCUGUAGAACCGCCGUCAAAGAAAGGCAAAAAGGAGAAAGAGGAGGGCGAGUGGUUCGUGCAAGUGCCAGAGCAAGACGCGCAUUGUUGGAAAACGAUGGAGUCGCUGACAGACAAGGAGAAGUGCCGCGUCCUGAAGAAGGUGCUCGCUUGCGAGGUGGUUUGGGUACAGGCCGUCUCCCCAGUGUUCGCGAAGCUCAGAAAGCUGAGCGUCCAGGAGGUGGUGAAUUUGGUGAAGUGCGACCGGGUGCUGGUGCGUCUGUGGAACUACUACCAGUUCAAGCACGACAAAAGGUCGGACGCGGAUUGGAGCCAGAGGUUCCCGUUCCUGAAAUCAAGGUCCGCAAUUUUCAGAUAGUUUGAGAGUCGUGGUUUGGAUGUUGAGUUGUGGGACGGGAGCACGAAAUACGUCA